UUCAUUGCUGCAUUCGCAGGUUCCGCAUCGUCUGCGCGCUUGAUCACCGCAGGCACCGUCGUCCGCAUCAUCGCUCAUCACCUAGAUCUAUAGGACCGUCGCUAGGCGCAUCGCCACGCCCUUAUCUCAUCCAUCUACAGCACAGCUCGCCAUGGCCGUCCACCCCGAGAUCGUGCCUGACCGGGCUCCCCAGCCCGCUGCCCAGGACGCCGGCAUCGACAUCGAUGCCUGGCACGACGAGGCUGUCCAGGCCAUGACCGCCGUCACCAUCUCCGCCCCGUCGCCCGUCCGCGGCACUACCGUGAAGCUCGACAUCCCGCUCGACGACCACGUGCUGCCGCGUGGCGAAGAGGCAGAUAGGACGGCGGGGCAGGCUGUGCGCUCUGGCUAUAUAAAGCGGAAGGAACCGCUGCGGCGGGACAGUCUGAAGCGGCGCGAGGCGCUGCUCAAAGGCAAGGAGGGGAGCCGGCGCCGGCAGAGGUGGGAGAAUGACCGUCUCCUGAGCAACCCGUACGCGCAGCCACCCCUGCCCGCAGACUGGGAGAUCCGCCCCACGUACCCCGUCCAGGCCGUCCCGUACUAUCUCGCGACGUACUGGGACGCUGAACUCGCGGCCCGGGCCGCCAAGAAGGCCGACCAGAAGAAGGCUACCAAGCCCGGCGUCACCAAGGAGGAGACGGAUGCGGGGAAGGUGCCCAAGGAGCUUCGCGAGAAGCUGAAGCGGGCGCGUGGCGCGAAGGGCUUGCUCCGCGACCUUGAAGAGGAAGUGCGCAAGUUUGUCGAGUCGUGGGAGAAGCGCUCGAAGGAGCGGGAGUUGGAGAACCUUCCGGAUCCAGACUCAGAAGACGAGGAGAUUGUGUUUGUGGGUCGCAACGGUCAGAUGAACGAUAUUCGGGCGGCGGAGGACCAGCUCAAAAAGGACAUGCUGGUCUUCGAUAGUCUGGAGACGGACGGGGGCGCUGCUUUUGGGCGCUUCCUCGUACAUUCGAUUGGCGCUUACUAUAACCUGCGAACAUGGUCCGUCACCAGGGGCACCCCCGCGAGACGGGAGGCCUACGUGGGCAUCCGCGAGAAGGCGCUGAAGACGGGCCAUCGCGUGAGCGCGAAGAGCAACAGCUCCCUGCCGCAGCCGUUGUGGAGCAUGGUUUAAGUGGUGGUGGUGGUGUUAGGAUUUGGUGGUUGGCAUAUCAUCACAUCACCACUUGACGAGCUGUCUGUCCAUAACUUUCUGCAUUGCUCUAGAAUUUUCGAGCUACAAUGGUUGUAGAGAACAAAGUCGACGCGACGCAACUGCAGCGUGUUUUUCGAGAUUUUCUUGAGUGUGAGGACGAAUGCGUCUUCAGCCCUACAGUGGUGCUGCCCUGCCGCGCCUAGCGAGUCUUUUCCACUGCCCCUUCAACGCCCCUCCCGCUUUCUCUUCACGGCACCUUGGCACCACUGCAGGACAUCUUUAAUUAAAUCUCCGGGUCUCACCGAGACACCAUGUGUCCGC